AUGAGGAGCAUGAAAGAGAGCAGCCCCUUCUCCUCUCCCCAGCAGCACAAUUUAUUCUGUAAAAUCUACACCAGCACUGAUAUCAUGUUGUGCACUGCUUCCAUUCUUCAUUUGUGUUUUAUUUCUAUUGACCGGUAUUAUGCAGUGUGUCGCCCUCUCCUUUAUAGAACUAAAAUAACUGUUCACGUUGUUCUGAUUAUGAUGUUGGUCACCUGGACUGUUUCUGCCAUAGUAGGGUUUUGUAUGAUAUUUCUGGAGCUCAAUAUUUGGGGCAUUGAGGAUUUUUACUAUAAAAAUGUUGCCUGUGAGGGAGGAUGUAUUUUGUUUCAAAACAAAGUGUCGAGUACUGUGUCUUCGGUGAUCUCAUUCUACAUCCCAGGAGUAGGGUUGCUUAGCGUCUACCUAAAGAUCUUCCUUAUAGCACGGAGACAGGCACGCUCAAUUCAGGGUACAACCAAUCAGAAGUCUGUAGGCAAAUCACAGAGGAAGGCCACCAAAACACUUGCUAUCAUUAUGGGGGUAUUUCUAUCAUUCUGGACACCCUUUUCUGUCAUCAACUGUAUUGAUCCUUUUAUUAGUUACUCUACCCCAUCUGUUUUGUUUGUAACAUUUGUAUGGAUUGGCUAUUUGAAUUCAACUAUUAAUCCCAUGGUGUAUGCAUUCUUUUACAGUUGGUUCAGGAGGGCGUUUAGAAUGAUCAUUUCUGGUAAAAUAUUUCAACCUGACUCUUCAUUAAUACAAUUGUUUUCAGAAUAA